CUGGAAAUCCGCGUUCUUUUCACAAUGAAACGAGUUAAGCGAAAGCGCCACACACCCAAAGCCGUCGCGGCGAACGUGCCAAACAAGCUCGACUUCUUCAAGAAGCGACCCCAGAAAGUAACCACUGGCAUGGACGAAGUGAAGAGUGGUGCAAAUUCCGCGCUAUCUUUGUUCUUGGGGUGGACGUUUACCUGUCUUGGAUUGUCGAAAGUAGAAGAAUACAAAGUCAAGACAAUCGUGCAUCUGCACGGAGGACGCAUGGAAAACGGAGACAAUAGUGAUGGUGGCAGUCGCAACCUUCGACGAUUCACCACGUGCUCGCAUGUCGUGACAGGGUACUGGUUUCCAGUCUCGCCGCUCACGAAUGGCUCUGCAACGUACGUGACGCUCCAUUGGCUCGAGCGUGUGCAUGCAACCGGCAGCAUUCCACACGAGAAAAGCAUGCUCUUCCAUCCGCCGCUGUUCCCUUCCAGCUCGACUCUAGCACUACUGGCGUAUCCUGCGACGUUCCAGGACACGUUCGAUGCUGCGAUUCAUGUCGAGCUGCCGUGUGUACCCACCAGCGUUUUCUGCGACUCUAUCCCCCGGUGGCCAUACAUUGUCGCCCUCCUCACCCGGCCGAUUCCAGAUAUGGACGCGCUGGAGCAAACCAUCCACUUUAUCACAGGACGAACAACACCUCUGCGCUGCCUCCGUCGUGCACUUGAAGACUACAUCGACACGUCGUUGUUCUUUGGAGUUACGCUGCCAUACAUGAUGGACUUGGCUGUGGCCCUCCCGCACCUGUUCACAUGCCCCCUUCGUCUCUUGACCAAACAAUCCGUCGCCACUGUCGAGUUGACGAAGCGCCAAGCGGCGUGCUUGCUCGUUCACGCGUUCUUGUGCACAUUUUCCGAUGCAUCCGAUUCGUUCAAUCAUUUUCAGUUUUUCGAGUUGUUUGCGCCGCCAACGCCACCGUCGUGGACCGCAGAAGACACCGACUUGACCAUGGUGCAAAAGCUCGUGACGGUGCUGCAUUACUUUGAUCGCGUCGCCGCAGACAACGCGGCACCCGGUGCUGCUGCGUACAACCAACAAAGAGUGACGUACUCUCGUUAUGUCCUCAACGCAACCCGUGACGGGAACCCUUCCAGUGAAGCGUGGGCGUCGGUGCAAGUUCAUGCUGACGGCGCGAUUGAAAAUCAUGCUGGGGCGUUGCAAGUGGAUUUUGCCAACAAGUACGCUGGCGGGGGCGUGUUGGGUCACGGUUGUGUCCAGGAAGAGAUUCGCUUUGUCAUCAACCCGGAGUGCAUCGUCGCUUGCGUACUCACCGAAGUACUCGAUUCGAAUGAAUGCUUUGUAAUCCACGGCACUGAGCAAUACGCUGCCUACACUGGAUACGGGUCCACGUUUGCCUAUGCCGGCGACGUUCAAGACACCGUGCCCGUCAAUUCGAAUGGAGUUCGCGACACGAUCAUCGUUGGUAUUGACGCCAACAAGUACUACCGCAACAAUGCAUGGCACCAGUACCGCCCAGAAGACAUCCAAAGAGAACUGGGCAAGGCAACAGUCGGGUUUCAGCCAUUGCCAGAUGAAAACGAGUCGCGGCGGCCGGUUGCGACAGGAAACUGGGGUUGUGGCGUGUUUCAUGGCGACGUGGAGCUCAAGUUUGUCCUCCAAUGGCUGGCGGCAUCUGCCCACCGCCGCCCGAUGCAUUACUACACGUUUGGCAACUCAAACCUUGCGCAUCGCAUCGAUCAGUUUGUCCAAACGGUCGCCGCGUCCGCUCUAACGGUGAGCGACCUCCGCACGUGGCUGCUAGAAACGCAGACGCCGAUGAAUUUGGGAGGGUACAUGCGCCAACACCGCCGCAAGAAUCCGAGUGUAUUUGCCUGGAUUACGACAAUUGUGCAAAGAGUGAAUGCCGCCAAUUGAUGCACAAUGGUGCAUCCUUCAAAAGUCGGAUCUGCUCACUCAAGUGCUCAGAUUUAAAGCACUGCAUCCAACGCUGAGCUGCUAAGCCCCACCUCCUUGUGGAGAAAGAACCGGGGGAUGCUGAAAGGGGCAGACUCCGUACGCCCAAUCUGCAUGCUCCAAUUCACACACCCGGUGAAGUGAACAACACCUGGCACGAUCACAUGAUGGAUGAAUACAUCGCUAGUUGUCUACAACGCCGUCCUCCCUUCGGGUAGUGGUAGGUUUGGCUGAACUCCACGAGGCGCGAGUGGGAUAGCAAUGCACCAGGCACAACGGAAAUGCCCCGACAGGAUUUCCACUUUUCAAGCAAGUGUCCCCAUCCAUCGAUACUCCAUGAAUGAGG